UUUUUUUUUUUUAAAAAUUCUUUAUUAUAAUUAUCAUGAAUACUCCAGUAUUGCCUCUCAACUUGAAAAUUGAAUCCAGUAAAGAAAUCUCUAUGAGUGGAGCUACAACAUUACUUGACAAGUUCUUACAUGAUGGUGUUGCUAUUCAUGCUGCCAACAAUACAAUCUCUGCACAACUUCAUCGCUUACAUCAAGGACUUCGCGAAGAAAAGAAACGAUCAAAACAAACUGAACAUGCUGACUCUCCGGAAUCCAAUGACUUGUAGUUAUUCCCACUAUAUAUUCCAAUUCAUUCCUUUUUUUUUUUUUUUAUUGCAUUCACUUCAUAUAUUUGUUAUACAAUUCCCUUUAGAAAGGAAGGGAUACCUUCUCCUUUUCUCACUCUCACACACUUUCUCUCUCUCUUUUGCAUUUUUAUUAAUCUUCAAUAUAUAUCAAUAAUAAUAAAG